AUGGAAUCUCCAUCGAAUAAGCUGAACAUGAUAGUAAUGCCUGCGUUGAUAGCAUCGUUUGACAGGUAUCAUGCAUUAUCUUUCCUCGCUGUGGCGCUUGUGAUCUGUGUACUCUCGAGGAAGUAUGGGACCUCCAUCAAGAGCGUCCCGGGUCCAUUCCUGGCCUCGUUUUCCAGUCUUUGGCGAGUUUAUCACCUGGUGAAAGGACAUAGUGAAGAGGCGAUUCUCAAUCUCCACAAGAAGCACGGCCACUUUGUUCGCAUUGCGGAGAAUGAAGUCAGCAUCUCUCAUCCCGAUGCAGUCAAACAGGUUCUUCAGGCACAAAUUGCAAAGGGCACAUUCUACUCCAUGUUCAGCCUUCCAGAUUACCACUACGUCAACCAAAUGUCCGAGCUCGACCCAUCGCGCCACAUCCAAAAGACUCGUAGCCUCUCGGCAGGGUUCUCGCUCACCAAUAUCACAAAAAUGGAGCCGUAUAUUGACUCCGUGCUUCAGUUGUUCAAGACCCGCUUCGACGAGCUAAGCGACACGGGUAGCACGGUCCAGUUCCACGAUUGGUUCAGCUUCUUUGCCUUCGAUGUCCUCGGCGAAGUGACUUUCUCUAAAUCUUUCGGUUUUGUCGAAUCAGGCACCGAUAUUCGGAACGCCAUUGCCAACACUGGCCAUUUAGUCUACUAUAUUGCCGUAGUGGGUAAUUAUGUCUGGUUUCACUACCUCACCUUGGGAAACCCCCUCUUUAGUCGACUCGGUCUACAACCCAGCUCGCACAUUUUCGACACUUGUCUCAUUGCAGUUGACAACCGCAAGAAGAAUCCGGAGAUUCGGUAUGACAUGAUGCAGCGCUGGCUUGAUGUUCGUGCUUCCCACCCGGAUCGCCUUAGCGAGAAAGAUAUCUUCGCGGCGGCUGUCGCGAACAUUGGCGCCGGUGCAGAGACGAUCAGCGCAACUGCACAAGCUGUGAUCUACUAUUUGCUCAAGAACCCCCAGUACAUGAAGCGUGUACGAGAAGAAAUCGAUGCCGCCCAAGCACGUGGAGAGCUCUCUUCCAUGAUUCAGAAUAGCGAGGCAGCCAAGCUGCCUUUCUUCCAGGCUUGUUUGAAAGAAGCGUACAGAAUCCACCCCGGCGUCGCCCACAAUCUUCCCCGAAUUGUUCCUAAAGGAGGAAUGACAAUUGCUGGACAAUAUUUCCCUGAGGGGGUCAUUGUGAGUUUGAACCCCUGGGUCAUCCACCGCAACACGGAAAUCUUCGGCGAAGACAGCGAGUGCUACAACCCCGAUCGCUGGCUUCAAGGUGACAUCAAGAAGAUGGAUGCAUUUUUGAUUCACUGGGGAACCGGAUACAAUCAAUGCCCCGGGCGCAACCUGGCUCAGUUUGAGCUAUCCAAAGUCCUCACCACCGUAUUGCGAGACUACGAUGUUGAAAUGGUCGAUCCCAGCAAAGAAUGGCAGUUUGGCACUCGUUUCCUGGCCACUCCUUAUGGAUGGCCUUGCAAGAUUCGGAGACGUCAGAAU